AUGCCGGAAACGAUUCUCAUUAUUGGUGCAGGCUAUGCAGGCAUCGGCCUUGCCCACAAGCUGCUCAAGGACACGAGACCCAAAGUACCGGGCCUCAAAGUCGUCCUGGUCUCACCAAGCACGCAUCAUCUCUGGAACAUCGCCGUCGUACGAGGCAUUGUGCCAGGUCAAUUGGCUGAUGACAAACUGUUCCAAUCAAUUGAACCUGGAUUCAAAAAGUACCCUGCUGACAGCUUUGAAUUCGUCCUGGGCACUGCUACACACGUAAUCCCGGACAAGAGCAUCGUGCGAGUCCAAACCUCUCAAGAAGCUCUUCAACUUGAGUACACACAUCUUGUCGUGGCGACCGGGUCCUCCUACCCAAGUCGUGUUCCAUUUACAUCCAUUGGAACCUAUCAAGAGACACUCGAUGCCUUACACGACUGGCAGAGGAAAGUGGAAACGGCUGGCACAAUUGUCAUCGCCGGCGCUGGACCGACGGGGAUUGAAACAGCGGCUGAAUUGGCCUGCAUAUAUGGUCAAACGAAAAACAUCAUCGUCAUCGUCCCAGGCAGUGACCCUCUCCCUGGAUUUUUUCCCGAGGUCGGGAAGACGGCGGCAAGCGAGCUCGAGAAGUUGAACGUCAAAAUCCGACGACAGAUCCGCGUUACCAACGUUGAGCAAACCGGUAGUCAGCUCACAAUUUCCUUGUCCGACGGAAGCGUUCUCCAAGCUGACGUCUAUCUUCCCUUGUUCGGAAUGAAAACGAACAGCGGCUUCUUGCCAACUACACUCUUGGACGAUAAGGGGAAUCUUAAACUCGACAGCAGUCUACGUGUCACGGGCUUCGAAAACAUAUGGGCGGCAGGAGAUAUCGGCAAUCUUGAACCCAAACAACUCAUUUAUGCCGAAAGACAGGCACUACACCUGGCCAUGAACCUUGAUGCUGUGCUCACCGGCACCAAGAAAGGUGUAUCAGACCUGAAACCAACUGUGAUGCCGCAAUUGUUUGUCACACUCGGACAGAAGAAAGGCACCGGCCAGUAUAAUCGAUUCCGUGUACCGGGAUUUAUCGUGAGCACAGUGAAAGGGAAAACACUGUUCACCGAGAAGGCACCGGGGCUGGUUUCAGGAGAAAACAUUGUUCGGUCAUCUAUUUGA